GGGCUGCAUUGUUGUGGAAAAGGAGUGUGUAGUGACCUGGGCUGGACUCACAGUAGCAAAAUGGCCUGCUCUCCAGCUGCCCCACCCCGGCCACAAAGCAAAAUACGCCCCUUUUCGGUGGUUUGGGGUCCCGGGUGCUGGCAGCCAUCCGGAGCUCCGUCGGGUCACCGGAGGGACCCGUGGCGGACGCCCUGAGGCUUUGGGAUUCUCCCGAAGCUUUCAGGCUGCCUGGAUAAAGAACAAGGUUGGAGUGGGAAAAGAGAGGAAACUUCCUGCCUGCCAGUUUACAAGAAACUGACUAAUGGAAUCUGCCAAGAAGAUGGACGUCAUCAACGUCACUGCCUUGCCCAUGAUACCACUGGAUGAGCGCCGGGUGGUCUCUGUCAAUGCCCGGAAAGUACAGGAGAAUUCUUUGAGGAAACAGUUGCAGGACCAUCCCCCCAUUUCCUUAGCAACUUGCCUCCCAGCAUGCAUCAUUGGCUCCAUGAGUCAGGUGAACCAGAAGAUUACUGAGAUAGACCUGGGCCCCAGCCUGUGGGUCAGCCUCUCGGCAAUUGAGGAAUAUGAGUUGGAGAAGAAGUCUUUAAAAGAGAAAACUCACGGCAGCCUGGGAGACAGAGCCAGGAGACCAAAGGAAGAGUCACCGAUAUCCUGCAAAGGUUCAGAACUCCGGAACGCCAAGGUGAUCCUGACAAAAAGGAAAAGAGCAGAUAAAAACCUGCUGGCAGAGCUUUACCAACACCCCCCGUUUGAUGAAACGAAGCCCAACAAGCUUCCCAAUGGCGUGGACUUCUGCGAUAUGGUGGGCAAUGUGAUCCGGUCUGAGAAAAACCCGCUUAGUGGCAAGUCUUACUGUUUAGACAGAGAAUUAGAGAAGUUUCUAUCCUCUCCCUUCCUGAGCGCCAUCUGGCUGGACAGCUUUUGGUGGCUAUUUCAUGAACGGUACCAGCCAAACAAGGAGAUCCAAAACAAGCUGUUUGACCGAAUAGCCCGAAAUUACGCCUUCCUGUUGUUCAGGACAGUCAGGUCCCACUAUGAAGAGGCACUCAUAAAAAGGCUCCCAUUGCUUCUGAGCAAAGCCCUGUACACCAGCUUCUGCUGCUGCUUCCCCCAGUCCUGGUUCAACACCCAUGAAUUCAAGUCAGAAAUUUGUAACACCAUGGGCCUGUGGAUCUCAGGGACGUAUCCUUGCCCAAAGAGCUAUGACAAUUGGGACUACUCGGAGCUGGAUCCGGAGAGGUUCCGGAGAGAAGAACUGAUGUUACACAGCAGUCGACUUAUAAAGGGAAGAGAGUUCUCCCUCUUCACUUUUAAGAAAACCUCCAUGCAGAAGGCAGAACAGAACAAAAACAAGAAAUUCCAUCGUCUUCCGCCAGCCUGCUGGAGUGUGAAGAUGGCGCCUGGAGCUCUGGCCGCCAUCUUGGUCCCUAAGGACAAUCAGCCAACAUCAACCCUGUUCUCCCGGAAAGCCACACCGCAAGUCAAGAGGAUAUCAGAAGCCAGAGCAUGGAUGAGUUUGUAUCUGAAAAAGUCCCACCAUGCCUGCAAAAGCCCCAAACUGACUUCAAACCAAUUCAACCUUUAUGGGAAGAGCCCGCUAAUUGUGUACUUCUUCCUCAACUACUCCAAGCUGCAGCUGAAUGGCCAGGAUGUGCUGGUCAGCAGGAGAGAAAAGACCAAUGUCGUCCCUGACUCUGCCACCACCUACGCUGACAUCAUCUUACUGGUCAUGAAGAACAUGGAGACUCGAAAGAGAAAGCUCAAGCGGCUGUAUCAGCUGCACGAGAAUGAGUGGACUUAUUUUAACAACUACCUGACGGAGCUGCAGGAGAACUUCGAGAGGGAAGUGAAUAUUAUCAAUCAAAAAGCAGCAGAAAGAAAAAGGGCCAACCAUGCCUUUCUCUCGCCCUCCUUACUGAUUGAUGACUUGCUUGACAAGAAAUCCAAAGGAACCCCUAAUCGAGAAAUGGCGUUUCUCUCAAGGAAGAAACAGAAAGAGAUGGAAGAGAAACAGAGGGGUUUCCAGUCCCCUUUCUCAUUAAUAAGUCUCGAUAACUACUCCCUGGGCGUACAAAGCCCCUACAGAAUCGGACCUGCUUCCAGUUCCAGCAAGCUCAACGCCAAUAUGUUCAGAAUCAAGCAGGAGAUGCUCUUUAGACUCUCACCGACUUCCAUGGAAUGAACGCCAAGGAUAGGCUCGAACUGCAGAGGUGGUGCCUGCCUGUGUUGUUGGACGGCAGUGAGAGCUCUGCUGCAGCCAGGGCCAUGCUGAGUCUUCCUCAGUCCAUGGGAUAAAGAAUAUUAAAGUUCUCAUCUACCACGAGCCAAAGUGAGGGCUGAGAGAAGGUGACUCACCUCAUCCAUUCAGACAUUUACUAAUGCAUUCUUUCAUUCACUUAUUAAUAAUAACCACACAAUUCAACACAUCAUUAUGAA